UUGGUACAGUAAAGUAGAAGUCGUCCAAAUUUUCAAACACUUUCAAAAGAUAUCUCGUUGCAGAUAAAAAUGCCCCAGUGCUCAGCUGCAGUUAAACCAGGCGCCUCUUCAUAUAGCAUUGUACUAGCAAGCGCCUUCUUCAUACCCAGUGCUCUGUUUUCAUCCCUUGUUGUUAUCAUUGCUGUUAUAAAAAAUCCUUUUAAUAAUCUCAGAACCCAGACGGGGAUUUUGAUGAUUUCAUCAGGUGUCGCUAGCCUUCUCAGCGUUCCUGUCAAUGGAAUAAGAACAUGGUAUCACGCCGUAAAUGCCACUGGCCGGAAUCCCUACAAAAUCUACCCAAAUGUAGUUCCCGCAUUACAUACCUGUCAUGUUUUUUGGUUCGCAACGCAGUUCGCUGGCACCUUCUUUUUCCUCGCCAUUAUUCUGUCAACAAUCUUUGAUGCACAGUCCUCAACACAGAUUGCUGAAACUCUGAAGAAGAAAGUGGUAAUUUUAGUUACUGUUGCCACAUGGACUGCUGGCUUUGCAUUUGGAGUGGGAUCAUAUUGGACCGGGAUGUCCCUUAUGACUAUGAUCCAAACAUCAUUGAACAACAUCGUCGCAAUGUCGUGUGUUUUUCUGGCCUACAUUGGCUGGGCUCGGCUAUCAAAACUUCCCAAUGAUAAAAGCAAUCAUUUCAUCAGCAACAUCAUUGCAAAUAAGAAUAUGACCGUAAGCAGUCAUCGUGUGAAUGAAACAACAAGCAAAGAGAACAAAGCGGAAAGAGAUGGAUUGGCAAUAGAGCACAGCCGUGCAGCGCAAGAAGAAAAACUGCAAGAGCUACACAGCAUCUUUUUGCAUGCUAUCCUGUAUUUUUGCUGUGCUGUACCAUCAGGGAUUUUCUUGCUGCUGCUUCUCUAUGUUGACUCUAUGUCAUGCACGAUGAUGUUUUGCUUAAAAGAUGCCUCGAGCUUGUUCAUGCAGUUCUUUUUAGCUGUCAACAACAUCCUGACCAUAUUUACAAAACCUCAGAUGAAAAAGGCAGCGAGAUCUUUGUUUGCAAAUAGAAGACAAGAGGUUGUACCAGACACAAUCAGCAAGGUUAAUUCACAUCGCAUCUGA